CGAAUUUCCAUCUUUCCCCUUCACGCUACCAGCAUGUCGGCAUUGCAGACUUUUAUGCUGGUCGUGGACCACGAUAAGCAGGAAGCCAAGCAGAUUGCUGAACGAGUUGCUCAAGAUGUGGAGAACAAGAAGACGACGCUCAUUGAAGUGGUUCAGUCGCUAGGCGAAUACAUCAACGAUGACGACCCCAUCCUCCGCGGCAAAGCCGUGUCCUAUUUGACGGCCAUCAUCCGGGAGCUUCCCGCGAAAUUCCUCUCCAGGCAACAGAUCCAAGUUCUGACGACCUUCUUUUGCGACCGGAUCCAGGAUGGAGGGGCUGUUGCGGGGCUGGAGACGCUGCAGAAGCUGGAUCGAUUUAACAAGCCUCUGGCUGAAGAGGUCGCUCGGGCUAUUUUCGAACACUUCCAGGAACUGCAGUCUCGCUCCCAGUCUCAGAGAUUCCAGGUUUACCAGUUGUUGAACGAAUUAAUGUUGAAUUACCGUGCCGCACUUCAUGAUAUGGGUGAAGAGUCUCUGGUUGGAAUUGUGGACCUCGUCACGGGCGAAAAGGAUCCUCGCAACCUGAUGUUGGUGUUCUCCAUCCUCAAAGUGGUUAUGGUGGAAUGGGACGUCUCCAACCAUGCGGAGCUUCUAUUCGACUCGGUCUACAAUUACUUCCCUAUCACCUUCAGACCUCCGCCGAACGAUCCGUACGGCAUCACGGCUCAAGACUUGAAGGAUCGCCUGCAGGAUUGCAUUUCAUCAAACAGUCUGUUUGCGCCGUAUGCUAUUCCGUCCUUGCUGGAUAAGCUUGACUCGACAUCCCCGAAUGUCAAGAGGGACGCUCUCAAUGCUCUGAUCGCCUGUGUCGAGGCGUAUGACCCUAACACUGUGUCUCGCUAUUCUAUCACGAUAUGGGAGACGUUAAAGUUUGAGAUCUUGAACGCUCAGGAGGAAUUCCUCUCCGAGCUCUCCCUCCAGGUGCUGAAAGGUAUCGCCAAGCGUUUGUCGGAAGGCGUCACGCAAACAUCCGAUCAGUUGCCUCUUGCGCAGUAUUUGCGCCCAAUCACCAAGGAAUGCAGCGAGCAGCUGCGCGAGCCUCAACAGAAACAGGCAAAGCCUGCCCAACAGAUCCUCAGCUCUGUGUCGUCUGCCUCGGCAGCUGCAUUUACAUUGAUCAUACAGGCCGUCGUCGCGCCCCUACUGACCAUCUACCAGGAGGCUGAUGGAAUCGCCAAGCAACGAGCACUCUUGGAAACACUGGGUGUUCUCUUCGAUUCCUCUAUCAAGGUCUUUGGCGAAUGGACCUCGCGCGACUCGGAGGUUGCUUUCGAAAAUCCUCUACUCGAGUUCAAGGACCAGUUUUCGGAGAUCUUCGGCCAGGCAUUGAUGGGAGCUAUCAAGGAAGAGGUUUCAUUCCGGAUUUCGGCACUCAAGGGGUUCCUGCGGUUAUCGGUCUUGCGCGAUUUCUUUCAAGACAACGAGAUUGGGUUGUUCGUGCAAUACCUCGAUGAGAUCCUCCUGAAGGAGGAAUCCGUCGGACGUGACGACCUAAAAAAGGAAGCAAUCACUGCUCUGACGGAGAUUUCAAAACACAAGCCCCGUCUGAUUCUGGACAUCACUUUCCCUGCCUUUGUGGCUACACUCCCUGACUCAACCGAUGAAGCGGACAGUGGGUACAUGAACACUCUCGACGUCCUCGCACAGAUCAGCGUUGAGAAGGACAUCUUCGAGACGCUGGUGCGGAGACUGCUCAGCAAACUGAACCUCUUGCUGCAGCAGGAGCAGUCCGGUUCCGUGGAGUACCCGCGGACGAUCCUCCUGACUAUUCUGUACGUCAUGAACAAGAGAAAGAUGGAGGAAGACCCGAGCCUGGAGUUCUACUACGACAAGAUCGUGGUCGGUCUGUGCCGCAGCGCUGCUGCAACGUCCACCUCAGCCAAGGCCCCGAACAACAUCCUCAGCGACGUCUCAGUCCUGGAUAUCCUGGGCCGAGUCUGCAAUCUCAUCGUCAGAGCAUUGCCUCGAAGCAAGCAGGAUGAGAUCGCCCACAACGUCUACACCCUGUUCACCCCGGCCGAGGAGUUCCAGCCGGUCCCCUUCGCGCCAUCAUCUACCGAAAAUCAGCGACGCACGAUGAUUCUCUCGACUUUCAUCCUGGCCGGCCUUCCAGCAGACAUCCAGAACCUGCCCUACACCACUGACCCCAACAUGGCCGCACUGCUCGCCGACCUCGCCAACCGCUCGAUCAGCGAGACCGACCCAGCGACCCAACACGCCUUCACGCGGCACCUGGCGCUGCUGGCCAACAAAUUCCUCCCCAAGGCCGACCUGCCUCUGGCGACCUCCCUCUUCUACACCCUCCUACCGCCCAACAGCACCGCCAGCAACGUAACCGCGGGCACAAUCAACACGCUGAUCUGGCUCGCCAAGGGCCUGAUCCUGCGCCUCGCGCCCGCAACCACGGAUCUGCUGACCUCGCUGCUGGCGCUCGUGUCCUCGCCCGACGAGAACACAAGCCUAAUGACCGCGCGCAGCUUCGCGAUCCUCCUACGCGCAGACGACAUCCUCAGCGCGACCAACGGCGCCAACAUCCGACUGCUAAGCAAACAGCGCGUCUUCACAACACUGACACCACUCAUCUCCGCCCGCAUCCGCGAAGUCAACCUCUCCACCUCCAACAACAACCAAGCAAACAACAACCCACACAUCAAACCCGCGCACCUAACAGCCCUAAGCGGGAUCCUCUCCACCAUCCCACCGCCGCUCGUGCUCCCCGAGCUCCCCACCCUCCUCCCGCUCCUCCUCCAGAGCCUAGACCUCCACACCCCAUCCUCCUACCCCGUCCGCACCGCCACCCUCGAAACCCUAGCCGUCAUCAUCCGCGACAGCGGCGUCCCGGUCCUGGACCAGACAGGCCACGUACAAAGCCUAGUGACCCGCCUCCUGCAAACCGCGCAAUACACGCCCGCCAACGCCCUGCCGCGCCUCCGCGUCGACGCACUGAACUGCCUGUUCUUGCUCGCUCAGCCCCCGCCUCCUUCUCCAGCUGGUGCAAACGCACCAGCCAUCGCACGCGCAGGGACGCUCUCCCCGCUGUUAGCGGUUAAGAACCAGGUUGUGCGCGCCCUGAGGACGGUGCUCGAUGAUCCGAAGCGCGAGGUGCGCAAGGCGGCUGUCGAUGCGCGUGGUGCGUGGUUGCGCGGUGUGGAUGAUGCGCCUGAGGAGGAGGAUUAGAUUACAUCUUUUUUUUUUUUCGGACCUUUAUUCUGGAGUAUGAUGUGUGCGUUGCAUUCUUUGCUUGCAUUACCCGGGUUUUGCAUCCCGGAGUAGGGUAUGGUAGAGUUGGAUAGGAUUGAGGUUUCGUUGGUAGAAUGGGAGUGACUCCGAGAUAUAUAGGAGAGAGACUGAUGAAGGUAGAGUGAUUUGAUAGAUCUCCUGAUCUGGUUGAUUGAUAGUUUGUG